CUGCGCACGCGGGCUACGCUUCCAGCGCGCGCAGCCGCAGUGGCCAGAGCCGGCUGUGAGGAUCGGUAGCGCGUAUCAAAAUGGCGGAACGCGGUUAUAGUUUUUCUCUCACUACCUUCAGCCCUUCUGGAAAGCUUGUUCAAAUUGAAUAUGCUUUGGCAGCUGUUGCAGCAGGAGCCCCAUCAGUUGGAAUUAAAGCUGCAAAUGGUGUGGUACUAGCAACAGAGAAAAAGCAGAAAUCUAUACUGUAUGAUGAACGGAGUGUACACAAAGUGGAACCUAUUACCAAACACAUAGGCUUGGUAUAUAGUGGCAUGGGCCCUGAUUACAGAGUACUCGUUCAUAGAGCACGUAAAUUGGCUCAGCAGUACUACUUGGUUUAUCAUGAGCCUAUUCCAACAGCUCAGCUAGUGCAGAGGAUUGCUUCUGUGAUGCAAGAAUACACACAGUCUGGGGGUGUACGUCCAUUUGGAGUGUCAUUGUUAAUAUGUGGAUGGAAUGAGGGGCGACCAUAUUUAUUCCAGUCUGAUCCAUCUGGGGCAUACUUUGCAUGGAAAGCAACAGCAAUGGGGAAAAACUAUGUAAAUGGAAAGACAUUCCUUGAGAAAAGAUACAAUGAAGAUUUAGAGCUUGAAGAUGCUAUUCAUACUGCUAUUUUGACAUUAAAGGAAAGUUUUGAAGGACAGAUGACUGAAGAUAACAUAGAAGUUGGCAUCUGUAAUGAGGCAGGAUUUAGAAGACUCACUCCAACUGAAGUUAAGGAUUAUCUGGCCGCAAUCGCCUAAUCUGAGUUGAUGAGAACAUGCGAGCGCUCUCACUUUUUAACUUCAACCAUUUAAAUUGGUGGCUUCUGCACUCUUAUUUCUACUUUGUUAAUCCAGUAAUUUUUUUUAAAAGGGAGAAAUAUGGAUUCAUGUGCUACUGAAAUUUGGAAUUAGUUAACUUAAAACAUUAAACAAUGUACAAGAAUACAAUUAUUUACACAUUUUUAAUGAAAAAAAUCCAUAUAAAAGGUGGUAUAAUUUCUGAGUAAAUUUCCAAAAGACUUCAUUGUGCUAACUUCAAGUGUUGCUAAAAGUGCUUCAAAAUCCAGAUUUUGAGGCCAUUCAGUUAACUAAAGUGGUAAAGGCUCCAUAAAGCUUUGUAAAGUCAGAGCUGCAUGAGUAGAACUAGUAUGCAGGUUUUGUCAUACUGGAAAGAGAAUUUGUAAAGAAGAGCCGAUGACUUAUGUAUAUACUGAAGGCUUUUGGAAAGGUUUUCUUUUCAAAUGUGAACCAUUAAGAGGGGCAGGAAACCUGCCAAGCAUCUAGAGAAGUAUCUGUGGUACACUGGGCACCCCAGGUUUACUUUGGUCAUAGUUCUUCAGAGUUUCAUAUGGAUUCUUUACCAACCUGAAGUGGCCAGAUACUAAAUUUGGGACCUUCUGUAUAAAAAUCAGGGGUUCCACUGAUGAACUAUGGCUGUUCCCUUUAUCUUGGAAACCUUAGGUGAGCAUUCUGAACAGGAUAGCAGCGGAGUCUUUAAAAUUAUUUUGCAGUGGAGAUGGGAAGAAAUAGAUAUACUUGGCUGUGAUCUGGAGCAUCCUUUUGUUUUACUUGUUGAUUCACCCCUUUUUAAUAAAUACUUUUUAUAUAUAUUACACAAAAGCUCUCAGAACUGCAUGCUUUACCCUGACACUGCAGAUUUUGUGCUUAGUUGUACAUUUAAUUUAAAAAAAGGCUUGAGAGCAUGAGAACAGGUCCUAAAUAUACUGUAUUUUACAUACUGUAACCAAUUUCAUUCUCCCUCUAUAAUCUACACACCCCUAAAUAAAAAUCUACCGAGAAGUUAGAAGCUGAACUA